AACUUUGAUUUUCCGUGUGAGACAUUAUUUCUAACGAACAUUCUCAGUCUACAUAUAGACGCGAGGUGGAAUAGUACAAAUACCGUUUGCCCGCUCGUGUUAAAGCGUUUGCACGUUUUUUUUUUCCUUUCAGCGGAAAACUGUCGUCACCCAAAUCUUGAUAUGUGAAUUUUGAUAUAUUUUGUUAACAAUUGAAUUUUAAUGCUGACAAUAAAACUUUUCGUGCAAGUGUUAAAAGGAUCGAAGAAAAUAUAAAAAAGGAUAUAUUAUUUGAAGGGAUAAAAGGGAAAGUGAACCAUGAACCGAAAUACGUUUUUGGUUUGGAUUUUCGUAUGUUAUUGGAGUUGCACAGUAUAUACUGUGAAUGGUGUAUAUACUGAUUGCGAGCGUCCACCGCCUGUAUUGCAUGGUAAAUCUGAUUUAUCAGUCGAUUAUGAUGGCACCAUUGUUACAGCACUUUAUAAAUGUGAUGCUGGCUAUCGAUUACACGGUGAAUCACAGUUGACCUGUGACACAGAUACAGAUGAAUGGCUUGGUGAUUUACCUGCCUGUCAAUUGGAGACGGGCAGCAAUUCAACGGUGUCCGAAAUUGAACAAGGUAUGAUUGGAGUGAUUGGUACAGUUGCACCAGGAUUAACACAUGAAGAGUUCAUUGAACCCGUUGAACAACCAACUACAAAGGGACCAAACACCAAUGAAAUUGAAGCACCACCAAGUCAAGCGCCCGCUUUAGAUUCAGAACAACAUGUCGAACAUGUCGAAACAUCUGAACAUGAAUCAGCACCGCAAACGGAAGCACCAACAAAUGCAUUGAAAAAACGAAAGGGCCAUCGAAAAGGAAAAAAGCCAGAAUUUCAAGAAGAUAACACCAUUGAUGCUGAUUUCGCAAGCCGUUUGGAUAUGUCUUGCAUUGACGGAGUAACCGCACCAUCAGUUUCAGAUGCUCAUAUCGUUGAAUACAUCCGAGCAAAGAAAGACGAGUAUAAAUUCUUGGUUGCAAUUUAUGGUUGUGAUGAAGACUAUUAUUUGGAAAAUCCACAAUCAAAUCGAUUGUAUUGCAGUCAAGGUAUCUGGGUUGGAAAUUAUCCCGUUUGUGUGAUGAAAGAAGGCGAUGUGGAUUAUGGCACCGAUUCAGAUGACGACAAUCAAAAUGAAAAUAGCGAUUCCAUUAAAACCGACACAGAAAAUACGGCCACAAAUUCCGUGCAACAAAAUAAUGAAAACAUCAACACCGAAACGGUCGAGAAAAAUGUGACGCCAAAUGAACCGAUUUCAGUUGCAUCAACUAAUGACAAUAGCAAUGUUGAUGAGCAAAUUAUCACCAAUGAAAUCAUUCCACAAACUAAAGAGGAAACAAUCAAUGUUAUACCAAAUGAAAUUGAAAAGCCAACACCAACAUCUAACAGCUGUGAUGUUAACAACGGUGGUUGUGAACAAAUCUGUAAUAUGGUUCCCGAUGAUGAUAUUGGCGCCAAUGUUCCUGAAUGCUCAUGCAAUAUUGGAUUCUACUUGGAUCAAAUGGAUGGAGUUAAAUGUUUAGACAUAAACGAAUGUGAAUAUCCAAGUAUUUGCCCAAAUGAAUGUGAGAAUACGAUGGGAUCGUAUCGUUGUUUGGACGAUGUUGAAAUUAUUCCAACAACAGUUAAUGUAUUAUCGUCAACUGAAUUCAAUGCACCAGUCAAAGCAUGUGGAGAUGGACUACGGUUGGACGAAUCGAAUAAUUGUAUCGAUAUUGAUGAAUGCGCCGAAGGAAAUACUGGAUGCGAAUACUGUCAAAAUUCAGUUGGUGGCUAUCAGUGCACUUGUCCCGACGGCUUUGUGUUGAAAGACGACGAGAAAACAUGCCGUGACAUUGAUGAAUGUACAACAUUCGCCGAUUAUGAAUAUGAGGAGAAUACACCGACAGCCAGAACAAUUUGUUCUCAUCAAUGCAUUAAUACAGUUGGAUCAUAUUUAUGCGUUUGCCCGAAUAAUUUCCAUCUUGGUGACGAUAAACGAACAUGCGAACAAGAUUUUUGCCGACAUUUAAAUGAUAUUGCGGCAAAUAAAACAAAAUGCUCACACGAUUGCGUUGAUGAUGUUCAUGGUUACCAAUGCAAAUGUCCGGAUGGUGCUACACUGGAUGCUGAUAUGAAAACAUGCAUUUUUCUCGAUGCGUGCAGUAUAUCGGGCGAUCGUUGUUUGCCCGGAAAAUGUGUUAACAUCGAUAGUGAAUCUUUUAAAUGCGAAUGUCCAAGUGGAUUUGCAGAACAUAAUCAAAGAUGUGUUGAUUAUGAUGAAUGUGCCAUUGGAACACAUCAAUGCUCACAUAAAUGUAUGAAUACCGACGGUUCUUACCUAUGUGAAUGUCCAGAUGGUUUAAUCUUAUCGAACGACCAACAUACAUGCGUUGCGGCUGACAUUUGUGCCGCUGAUAACGGUGGAUGCUCGGAUAUUUGUAAUUUUGUGAAUGAAAAAGUGAUUUGUUCAUGUCUUGACGACGCUGAACUUGAUACGGAUGGUAAAACAUGUCGAAAAAAGAAUAUUUGCGCCGAAAACAAUGGUGGAUGUCAACAAGUAUGCGACGAUAAAAUGAAUCGAUGUGAAUGUUUCCCCGGUUUCGAAACAUUUGACGAUGCAAAAACAUGCCAUGAUGCUAAUGAAUGUUUGCAAAACAAUGGCGGUUGCCCCCAACAGUGCGUUAACACAGAAGGCGAAUUUGAAUGCACGUGCUUCGAUGGAUUUGAAAAAGAUGAAGGCACCGGAAACUGCAUCGAUAAAAAUGAAUGUGAUGUUAAUAAUGGAAAUUGCGAUCAUGAAUGUAUCAAUACACAAGGUUCAUACCAAUGCACGUGUCGUUCUGGCUACAGUCUGUCUGCUGAUCAACAUCAAUGCGUUGAUAUAAAUGAGUGCGAAAUAGACAACGGAAAAUGUUCGGAUACGUGUGUCAAUCUGCAAGGAAGCUAUCUAUGCUCAUGUCCAGAAGGUAUGUUUUUAGUUAAUGAUGAUCAUGCCUGCGAGUAUUUAAAUGAAUGUGAAGUGAAUAACGGCGGCUGUUCGCAUAAGUGUAAUUCAAAUAAGGGUGUACUGACUUGUUCGUGUCCCGUUGGCUUCGAAAUAGACGAAGCGGGAAAAGUGUGUAUCGAUCAAAAUGAGUGUUUGACAAAUAAUGGCGGCUGUGAACAUCAAUGCGUAAACCACAAUGGUACACAUGAAUGCAUAUGCAAUGCUAACUAUCAGCUUGCAUCCAAUAAAUAUGCUUGUUUGGAUGUAGACGAAUGUAUUGAAAAUAAUGGCAAUUGCUCGAAUAUUUGUAUCAAUCUAUUGGGCUCUUAUCAAUGCGCCUGUGAGGCCGGCUUUGAGUUGAGGGCUGAUAAACAUACAUGUCACGAUAUAGACGAGUGUACGGCUUCAAUUCAUGAUUGUGAGCAAAUAUGUAAGAAUGUGGCGGGAGGCUACGAAUGUGGAUGUCACACCGGCUAUAAAUUGGCCAGAAAUCAUUUAUCCUGCAUUGAUAUUGAUGAGUGUGCUUUACCUAAUGCUUGUGGUGCCGAUUCAAAAUGUAUUAAUACUGAUGGCAGUUUUCAUUGUAAUCCUCAUUGUCCAAUUGGCUAUGAACUAUCUGAGACAAACGAAUGCAUCGAUAAAAAUGAAUGCGAUGAAAAUGCACCGAAAAGCUGUUCACAUCAAUGUACAAACACACCGGGAUCGUUUGUUUGUUCAUGUCCAAAUGGAAUGAAAUUGGCUAGCGAUUUAAGUACUUGCAUUGAUAUCAACGAAUGUGCCAUAAAUAAUGGUGGAUGUGAUCAAAAGUGUGUGAAUAUCGAAGGAGAUAUGUACUGUGAAUGUGAUUUAGAUGGUUUCACAUUGGCUGAUGAUAAAAAGACUUGCAUCAGUUCCGAUCCGUGUGGUUUGAAAAAUGGUGGCUGCGCUCAUGUUUGUGAACCAUUGAAUGGAAAGGCUCAAUGCUUUUGCUAUAAAGGAUUCGAACUAAAUGCAUCGGACAACAGAAGUUGUUCAGACAUUAACGAAUGCUUAUUGAAUCACGGAUGUGAGGGCAAAUGCACCAAUACAAUCGGAUCGUAUAAAUGUGAUAAAAAGGAUUGUCCGAAAGGUUUUCGCUUGAACGCCGCCGGUAAUUGUGCGGAUGUAAAUGAAUGUGAAGUCUAUGAAAAUGGUGGAUGCUCGCCAAACUCUGAAUGUAUUAAUUUCUUGGGCGGUUUUCGAUGUAUUUGUAAAACAGGCUAUAAAUUGGACAACGAUAAAGUGACGUGCGUUGAAGUCAAAGACUCGUGCUUAGCUCUGGCAGCUCCAGAACAUGGUAAUGUGCGUUGUUCACGAUCUCGACAUUCAUCACAAUCGUUCCAUCGAACAAAAUGUAGCUUUUGGUGCAAAGACGGAUUCACAUUGAUGGGACCAUCAGUUAAAUAUUGCAACAGCACUGAUGGCCAGUGGGAUACAACCGAAAUAUCAUGUGUUCAAUCGGCAUGCCCACCACUUCAAGUAAUACAACCUGGAACAAUGAGUGAUGAUUGUCUGAAUGGAAGAAUGUAUCCAGGUCAAAGUUGCGCCCUUAUAUGUCCACAAGGAUUUAAGAGUGCUGCACCGGGCAUCACACAAUGCUUACCUAACAGACAAUGGACGAAAACUGAUUUACGUUGUGAACCAAUUCAACAUCAUGUUCAAACUCAACAUUAUGCAUCGCAAGGAAAUCAACAACCAAACCAUAAUCAAAACUAUGGGCAAAAUCACGGACAAAAAAGCGCACAAAACAGCGGACAAAAUCACUUAGAAAAUCAUGGACAAAACGGACAAAAUGGAAAGCCAAAAAUAAAAACUGUGAUUAAAGGUGGUGAAACACAUCAUGUAGGCCAUAUUAAACUUGGCGAAACCACUCAAUCAAGCUCAUCAACACAAAAUAUUGUGAGACCAUACAUCAAAUGUCCGCAAGAUACAGUAAUUUCGUUGCCGAAAAAUCAAAAAUUUAUCCAUAUUAAAUUGGAACAACCAAAAUCGAACGUUAAUUGGGCUUAUAUUGAGGCAAAUCCAAAAUGGGCGAAAAAUUUGCAAGCCCAUUUAGCAGCCGGUCAACAUAUAAUUACAUUCACCGCACAUAGUCCCAAUUCGGCGAGUAUCACUGAAACAUGUCGAACAAUUCUUACAGUGAAACCAGUCAACGGUGUAACAUUUGUUCCGGCUGUUCCCGCUUCAAUUUUAGGUCCAAAAGUUAGUUUUUGUCCACCAACUCAGGACGUUCAAUUGCAGCCACAUGAGCUAAAACGUCCCAUUUACUGGAGAGAACCUGCAUUCCAAGCCGGAACAGUUCGACUCAAGCAAAUCUUCAAAUCACAUUUACCUGGAACAACGUUUGGCGUUGGCCAACAUAGAAUCACAUAUAUUGCAACCGAUGUACAAAACCAAAAUGGAACAUGUCAAUUCACAAUUGUUGUUCGACCAGCAGCUCGUGCUCAAUUGAACGCACCUUACGUGAACGGACCACAGAUCAAUAAUCUUAAUGAUCACGAUACAUAUUUAUUGUGCAAAGGUCAACCAGACAUGAAAUUGGAUACAUCGUUUCCUCGUGCUAUUCCACCUGGUUGUAUUAUUAAAAAUGUUCGCAAGAAUCGUCCGCUACAAUAUAAUCCACAUCGACGUCGCCACGCAUUUUCAGCGAAUAAUAAUUUCUUGCGAUACUAUUCAUCAUGGAAUCAACCGGAAUAUAAUCACUACUUCUAAAUGUUUUUCAGUUUAUUUUUAUUUGAAAAAGCUGAAAAAUCAUGUCUUAUGAGCAAUUCUUUUUUAAAUUUACUGGAAUUUGUGAAGCUUUUUAGCCGACUUUUAGUAUGAAACCUACUACCUCUAAAUCAAAAUUAAUUUUGUAUUUUAUCCUCUCAGACGUCAGUGCUGAGUGAAUUAUAUAUUUAUGUACAAAAAAAAAAAAACAAUUAAUUUUGUACGUUGUCCUUUCAAUAUAAUGUUAUGCUUUUGUGGGAUGUACACAGACAUUUUUUAAUUGAA